UCUAUGAAUUUGUAGCUAAUGUAAACAUUUGAUGAAUUUUGUUGAAAAUAUGUAGUUUAGUAAAAAAACAUGAUUUGAUUUAAUUAAUGAUAAAAAACACACAUUUUCUCGUUGCUGUCAGUUUGUAUGAGGCAAAAUUAUUAAUAUGUCCACUGACUAUAAUGCAGGUAAUUUUCCAAGCUAUCAAAAUGAAAAUGUACCGUCUGCUCUCCAAAUCUCACAUUCGCACAGCAUCAACACAAUAUCUUCCAUUCGUGAUUGCAUUGUCUCUGAAGAUCUUUUAGCUGGACAAAGGCUUGAUGGGAGGAUGUCAAAUGUUAGAAGGUUUUUUUGCUUAUUUGUAACGUUUGAUGUGCUCUUUAUAUCACUUAUGUGGCUUAUAUGUAUUAUGUUGAAGGGUCAAAAUAUAAUGAAUGCACUAGAGCAACAAAUUGUGCAUUACAAUAUCCGUACUUCUCUAUUCGACAUAGUUUUAGUAGCACUAGGUAGAUUUUUAGUUCUAGUAUUUUUCUAUGCGCUAUUGUAUAUAAAUCAUUGGAUUAUAAUAUCUUUGUCAACCUCUUUCAGUUGUGCGUUCCUGAUAGGAAAAGUAUUUAUGUAUGAUUGGCCACACUCAUCUCAACCGGUUUUUGAAGUUUUGUUAGUUCUCGCUUCAUUUAUUUUAUCAUGGGGUGAGGCAUGGUUUUUGGACUUUAGAGUAAUACCCCAGGAAACUCAUGCAAGCAGAUACCUGAUAACAUCAACAGAGUCUGAGAGGGCACCAUUGAUUAGAAGUUAUGUCCAAGGUCUUCCUUCAAUGUGCACUGAAAGUGUGGGAAAUUUUUAUUCCCCGUUAGGCACUCCAGAAGGUUCCCUCUACAGAAAUGAGGCUAUGCAUGUAACAUAUCCUUCGGUCAAACUAACUGGAGAACAGGAAGAAGGUUACCAAAGUAGGGCCGCAAUGGCUUUUCAAAAUGCAUGGGACUUAGUGCAAGAGUCAGAUUGGAAACUUGAACGCCAACAGGGACAGGACAAAGUGUUCACCAGAAAUGUUCCAAAAGUUGGGAAAAUAUUUAAGCUGGAGGCAGAGGUGGAUGCUUCUUCAAAGUUCCUUUUAGAGGAGCUCUAUUACAAGGUUCAAGACUUUCCCAAAUGGAAUCCGGCCAUUAAAGAAUCUCACAAAAUACAAAUCAUCGAUGAACACACAGAUAUUUGUUACCAGAUAUCUACGAAUGGAGCUGGGGGUUUAGUCAGUAGUAGAGAUUUUGUGAACCUUAGACGCUGGGGUCACAUUGAGGAUUGUUACAUUAUCGCUUUCAUGAAGACUGAACACCCGUCGUUGCCGGUCAAUAGCAAGUUUACCAGAGGUGAAACCGGAGUGGGCUGUUAUUUAAUGCAGGACGUAUCCAAAAAACCCGCGAAGUGUCGGUUUUGUUGGGUACUUAACACCAAUCUGAAAAUUAAAAUUCCAAAGUUUGUCCUUGAAAAAGAAUUCGCGGGUAUGAUGUUUACUUUCUUGAAGGAUCUAAGGCACCAUAUUUCCAAUUCCACAGAACUAGAAUAACGUGUAAACCGUAAGAAUUACGGAUAAAACUUUUUAGAAAAUGGUUGAAAAUAAUCGUUUCCGUUUUUGUUAUUGGCAAUGUUCUGGAAAAAAUGUUGCUCCACUGUCUGCGAAUGUUCUGCAAUUUUGGAUGAUAGGCUAGCUUAAAAUCGCGAAAUAUUUGGAGAUUUUUAGUCAGUAAGUUCUUCAAAUCUUUUUCUCAAGAAUAAGUUGUUUUCUAUAAACUUUUAAAAGGGAGUACUGAGGAUUUUGUUAAACGCAGGGGGUUAUUGACAUGAUUAUCAUGUAAUUUAAUAAGUGAAUCUUUGUUUUCAUAAGAGUUUCAUGUUCAUAGUUUUAGUUAGUUGAUAUUGUUUAAAAAAUAGUUCGUUUUAUGGAUUCAUAAAAGAUAAAACAAUAUAGCACACUUUUAUCUAUAUAUUGAAAACUCACCAACAAGCAACACAGUUUAUGGAUACAAGGCCUCUUACAACAUUUGCAACAAUGCAAGAAUGCUCUUGGAGUUAUGGGCCUCUGCAGUAGACCUUUAUCUUUCUGCAAAACAAAGGCUUUCCACAUUACAGUUUAUGGUGGAUUCGUGCAAGCAACCAUUGACAUUAAUUUACCACUAAUUUUACAUUAAGAUUAUAAUUAAGAAGAUAAAGGUUAAUUAAAAGUUAAUGGCGCAUGCUUACUUUCCGAGUUAUUCUUUAUAACGAAUAAUUCCAUCUUUGACCUCUUUUACUGAAAAUAGCCAAUAAUCCAAAAAUCCAUUUUCAAUUUCAAGGCUAUAUUCAAAAAAUUGCGUUUGGAUAGAACAACGGACAAAACUGACAUUCGUGGCAUGCAUGCGCUUAUUCGUGGCAUUGCAUGACUAUCUGGAUUCACUAAUGUUUUCCACAAAAGACACACCACAAAGACUGUUAACAGAGCUACGAAUAAUAUUUUAUUAUCGCUUAUGCAGGUGGGAUGAACAUUAUUGGCAGCAGCGCAACAAUCGGAGAAUAAAUUCGCGAGUAAUGACAGCGGUAAGGCAGGCAUAAGGUUUUGGGUUUCCAAAUCUUCGGUCUAUUUAAUAAGGUCAAAUGUGAAAAAACAAAUUAAGCGAUCAUAAUAUUUUGGCUACUAAUGCAACAAACAUCUCCUGAUUCGUUUUAAGCACGAAUAUUGCCAAUUUUAUAAAUUAAAAAAACGUGUGUGCCAUAUUCUUAUUUGAUAGUUUAAUGGUUAUGGAAUAAACUUCAAACGUCUUUCUUUGUUAGAUUGCUUAUGGUGUUAAUCGUUAGAAAUAAGCUUGUUGUCUUGACAGCAGUUGCCGACGUCUUUAAGCAAUAUGUCAGUUGCAGUGCAGUUGUAAAUAAUAAGUUAAUCUGGAACCAGCAUAUCUUGUUGAUCCUUCAACUAAUAAACAUCUAAGAAUUUCCACCUUUGUUAUUAAUUAAUUUUCAUUGUACGGGUUUUACGACGUACCUAUUUUUUCAAAUUACCUUGACGCAAACGUGCCCUGAUCAUUUGACAAUCUUUGGUUUUGAUAGAGAUCGUGGUUGCCUGCCUGUCACUCGUGCUGCUGGGUUGCAAAAAAUAGCAUUUUGAGGUUCAGAUCCACUUAUUAGAUUAUGUGAUGUCAUUUCAACCUGUAGAUAAGUUUGUGGUACCAGAUUUGAAAAUGCAAUCAAUUUUUAUAGGCAUUUUUAUUUGUCUCAUUUUAACCAAUUUUCCUUACUUUUAAUAUACAAUUUUACAUAUUGCAUUUGUUAAAUUAACUGCCAGAACAGCGCCCAAAAACAACAAUUACGAAAUUUUUGGAAUGUUUCAGUUUUUUCACACAAAUUUUGAACUAAUAUAAACCAAUGUGUAGCGUGUUAUAGAAUUCAAAUAAUAUAAUGUAAUGAGUGAAUCUCGGUCUUGUAGAAUAUAUUUAGGGUUUAGAUGUUUUAUCUAAGAACACCCAACAAUAACAAAAGUAACACUUUUUUUUUAAAGAAACUUCCACAGGCUACUGUAAUACUUGUUAUAAACUUUCUGAAUUUCUCCUGCGUCUGUUUUUGUUGAUGAACUUGCUAACGUUUCACCAGGAUGAUUGGCGAAACAUUAGCUAAUUCGACUCAGAAAAAGCUGACGCAGAAGGAAUCCAGAAGUUUUAUAAAAAGUAAAGCACAAUUUACUUUGUUUGAUCGAAUGGACAAUAAUGUUAAGUUUUUAUGGUAUUCUUUUCAGAGGCCCCUGUCGUUCUUCUGUAUCUGGGUUUUUUUGGAAUCACUUUUUAUCAGUUGACAAGGCUUUAUUGUUAGCUUCUAAUGUCACAGAACGUUUAUAUUUUAAAUGAAAAAGUUUUUAUUUAAUUAUUAAAUCGUCUACAUUUCAAAAACUAAACAAAAACAUAUUAUUUUCAUUUAAAAUAAGUUUCGACCUCUAAGAAAAAAAUUUAUAUACUUGGCAACAUCGCGUAGAUUCGAUUUCAAAAGUUGCGACUGUUACAGAACUUUUCAUGUUUAUAAAACAAAACAAUAUCAAUUAUUUGUAAAAUUUUCAGAUCAUACACCUUUUUUUUCUGUUUUGAUCAAAAAUGAGGUAAAAGUAGUAGGCAGUGUUGUCUCCAUAAAAAAAACUGGAUGUGUGCUUAUAAACAUCACUUCUUGAAAAAUAAUAUAAUGUUUUCAAAUACAUACCUGCAGAUUACCGUACACAUAAAAAUUCGGAAUUUAUUUCAGAUUUGUACUUUGGACUUUGAUUUAACAUAACAUUUAAAUAAUCCAGAUAAACAAAUGCUUAAUAACUCAGAGUAAAAAAAUAAUGUUUUGACUUGUUUAUUUUUUAUUCGGUCAAACUAGAUUUUUCUGAGUACAGGUGGAAUUAUUUGUUUGUUAGAAUUAAAAAAAAAAAACAGUGACACAAUAAUUUGACCAAACAACAACUUUGUUUGAUAGAGGACGCCCAAAAAUAUUCAAAUUACGACUACAACACAAAUAAAAUAACGAAAAAUACAAAUCGAAUUUGACAGAACCAAAUAUUGAUUCAGCAUCAGAAUGGAGUCCGGAUUCAUUCAUUAAAGUUUAUUACGAAAAAUACCGAACAUCCUGUAUACUUUGGAUAACAGAAUUAAAAAUAAUAUUCGAAAUACAUAUUUAAAGUUCUUUAAAGUAAAAAAAAUCUCCACAAAUAAAAUUAUUUUCCCUAUAGAAAGACUCUAGUUGUGGACCAAAUAUUUUAAACUUAAUUUACUGAAUUUAAAACCACCCGGAGCGAAUAAAAGCAGCAACGUUGCUUUAAAGUAAGGAAAAUAUCCCUCUAUAUGCUCUCCGGGCCCUCUAUUCUUGUAAUGUCGGGAAAGGAAGCUUUCCCGGGAACGUACCCAGGGAAGCUAGUUCACUUUUACACAAUGCACAGUGUUACUUGUGUGUUAUGCAAAUGUCAAUUUGAAUGUAUAUCCUUUGAAUGGUUUGAAUGGAAUUACUGUUUAGGCCGAUAAUCGUAUUGGCACAGUAACAUACUAUGUCCACUAUUUCACCGCACAAAUUUUCCGAGACAAAUUUUAUUUGAGCUAGCACAUUUAUCAUUAUUUCAUACAUUCAUUUUCAUGACAUUAUUAAAAUAUUCUGCAUCCAUGUUGUCUUUUAAUCCAAUUGUAUAAAACCACACACAGAACCAAUAAACAAAAUUUCAACUUUCGAGAUCAGAAUCUUAGCAGCAGUUCGUUUUCUCUGGUCACUUUCAAGAAUACGACUUUGCCGUUUUAAAGUGAACCACGUCCAUUUCCCGAGUACCCAAGUUCGGUUCCCCAAAAUUCAAGAAUAGGGGGCUAGGUUCACAGUAAGUCACUCAUUAUAAAAAAAAUUCACUGAUUUGUUUGUUUCAAAUAGUUUUGAUGAAAUCCAUUAUUUCGCAUUUUGGGUGUAUAACAGUGUAUUUGAUAAAUUGGAAUCGCGUUCUUUUUUUUUGCAUCAUUUAAUAUUUUUUAAUGCCUAUUUUGACUGUGAUAAAUAUACGCCCUAAUUGAAACCGUUUUGUAUUUCAAAUAUAUACGCUAUUAGAGAUAUUUUUAUUUUUUAUUUCGAUAGAGCGCGAUUAAAGCCCUACCCAAACGGUACCCA